UUUAAUUUUCAUUCAUCAACUUUUUUUUUUUAUAUCAUUUCAUAUUUUGAAAAUGAUGGCUUCCCUCAUCAAUGUCAACACCUACCUUUUCUACUACAUUUGUUGUAGCGACCCAGUCAUAUAGACAAGACCAACGAGGCUUAUCACCAUCCUGUUUUAUUUUCCAGCUGAUGAUUCACUCUCCUGGUAUAUUAGCUGUAACACCCAUGUGCUAGUUUAUGCUCUGUUCCUGUUUUUUCCUUCUGAGUUUGAGUCUUUUUUCAUUUUGGCUUCAAUUUUGUUGUCUCAGGGAGUGAAAAAGUGCCCUGCUUAGUUCAUGAGAGAUAGUUUAAAGUUCUGGUGAUUUCAGAGUUCCUGGGAUGUAUCUUUCAAAGGGUCACGUCAUCUUGUGGUUCUGCUGGUAUUUGCUACUGGCUGCUGCGCAGGAUGCUAUCACCGACCCAACUGAAGUUGAAGCAUUAAAAAGGAUAAAGGAAAGUUUGAAUGAUCCUAAUAGAAAUUUAAGUAAUUGGAACCGUGGCGAUCCAUGUACAUCUGGCUGGACUCGAGUUCUGUGCUUCAAUGAAACAUUAGUGGAUGGCUAUCUACAUGUUCAAGAAUUGCAACUAAUGAAUUUGAACUUGUCUGGAACUUUGGCACCAGAUAUUGGGAGCUUAGGUUAUAUGGAAAUAUUGAACUUCAUGUGGAACAAUUUAACUGGAAGCAUUCCAAAGGAAAUUGGGAAUAUCAAAACUCUAAAACUCUUGCUCCUGAAUGGAAAUCUAUUAACAGGUCCACUGCCUGAAGAGCUUGGCUAUCUUCCAAACCUUGAUAGGAUACAAAUUGAUCAGAAUCAUAUAUCAGGACCUGUACCUACAUCUUUUGCAAACCUGAACAAGACAAAGCACUUUCACAUGAACAAUAACUCACUUAGCGGACAAAUCCCUCCAGAACUUUCCAGAUUACCAAACCUUGUUCAUCUCCUUCUUGACAACAACAACUUAUCAGGAUACCUUCCCCCUGAGCUUUCCAAGUUGCCAAGCUUACUUAUAAUUCAACUUGAUAACAAUAACUUUGGCGGGAAUACCAUUCCAGAUACUUAUGGCAACAUGUCAAAAUUGUUGAAGUUGAGUCUCAGAAAUUGUAACUUGAAAGGCCCAAUUCCUGAUUUAAGCAGGAUACCUUCCCUUCUUUAUCUGGACCUCAGUUCCAAUCAGUUGAAUGAAUCAAUUCCUCCUAAUAAGCUUUCUGAAAAUAUCACAACCAUUGAUUUAUCGAACAACAAACUUACUGGAACAAUUCCAUCUUACUUUUCUAGUCUUUCAAAUCUUCAGAAAUUGUCACUUGCAAACAAUUCAUUGAAUGGCACUGUUUCUUCCACCAUUUGGCAGGACAAGAAUUUCGACGCAGAAAGAUUUCUCUUGGAAUUGGAAAAUAAUAAAUUUACAUCCAUAUCUGGAAGUACUGUUCUCCCUCCAAAUGUCACAGUCUUGCUUGAUGGUAAUCCUCUAUGCUCAAAUGAAACCCUGGGUCAGUUCUGUAGAUCUGAAGGUGUUAAUGACACAAAUGGCCUAUUUCCAGCAAACUCCAGUGACUCCUGUCGUGCUCAAUCAUGUCCACCUCCUUAUGAAUACUCUGUGGAUUGUUUCUGCGCAGCCCCAUUGCUCGUUGGUUAUCGACUAAAAAGUCCUGGAUUUUCAGAUUUUCGUCCAUACUUGAAUGCAUUUGAGAAAUACCUGACUUCUGGUCUUAGUAUAUAUACCAAGCAGUUAAACUUCACAUUUCAGUGGCAAUCGGGACCUCGACUGAGAAUGAACUUGAAGAUUUUUCCAUUAUAUGUUGAUAGAAAUAGUUCUCAUACUUUCAAUAGAAGCGAGGUCCAAAGGAUCAGAAGCAUGUUUACAGGAUGGAAAAUUCCUGACAGUGAUUUGUUUGGGCCUUAUGAACUGAAUAACUUCAUUCUCCUGGAUCCUUACAAGGAUGUGGUUAGCGCCUCUUCAAAAUCUGGGAUAGGUACAGGUGCACUAGUUGGCAUAAUCCUAGGGUCAAUUGCCUGUGCAGUGACGUUGUCUGCAAUUGUUACUCUUCUUAUAUUAAGAUUAAAAAUGAGAAAUUAUCAUCCAGUUUCCAACAGACGUCAUGCAUCUAGAAUCUCAAUAAAAAUGGAUGGCGUGAAGGCCUUUACUUAUGGAGAAUUAUCCUCCGCUACAAACAAUUUUAGCAGCUCUGCUCAAGUUGGACAAGGGGGAUAUGGGAAGGUUUACAAAGGUAUUCUUUCUGAUGGCACAGUUGCGGCCAUUAAACGUGCACAAGAGGGAUCACUGCAAGGUGAGAAGGAGUUCCUCACAGAAAUAUCAUUACUGUCAAGGUUACAUCAUCGGAACCUUGUGUCUCUGUUGGGAUACUGUGAUGAAGAAGGGGAACAGAUGCUAGUUUAUGAAUUUAUGCCAAAUGGCACGCUAAGGGAUCACCUUUCUGCUUCAUCAAAAGAACCUCUGAGUUUUUCCACGAGAUUGAAGGUUGCACUAGGGUCAGCUAAAGGUCUUGCGUAUCUACACACAGAAGCUGAUCCUCCGAUAUUUCACCGCGAUGUCAAGGCCACUAACAUAUUAUUGGACUCUAGAUUUUCGGCAAAGGUGGCUGAUUUUGGACUUUCCCGGCUCGCCCCUGUUCCAGAUUUAGAAGGAAUUGUGCCUGGUCAUGUAUCUACAGUUGUAAAAGGGACCCCGGGUUACCUUGAUCCAGAGUACUUCUUAACUCACAAGUUGACUGACAAGAGUGAUGUUUAUAGUCUUGGUGUUGUACUUUUGGAACUUUUGACCGGGAUGCAUCCUAUCUCACAUGGCAAGAAUAUUGUUAGAGAGGUUAAUGUUGCCUACCAAUCUGGUGUGAUAUUUUCAAUUAUUGAUGAACGCAUGGGAUCUUAUCCAUCUGAGCAUGUGGAGAAAAUUUUGACUUUGGCCCUGAAGUGUUGUAACGACCAGCCAGAUGCACGGCCUAAAAUGGUAGAAGUGGUUAGAGAGCUUGAAAAUAUAUGGUCUAUGAUGCCGGAUUCAGAUACCGGGGCAACUGGAUCUAUAACCAGUGAUUCAAGCAAACCACUAAGCACACCAUCUUCAUCCUCUGCUAUGAAGACUCCUUUUGUAUCCGGCGAUGUGUCCGGUAGUGACCUUAUUAGUGGAGUGAUACCAAGCAUCAAGCCAAGAUAAAACUACAGAAGUUGAAAAAUAUUAGGUAUAGCAAUUACUGAUCUUUAUGUUACUACCCUGUGAAUUGGAUCAUGAGACCAUAUGUUACUUCAUUCCAUCUUCACCCUUUACAUUAUUUUUGUUUGUAUAUGAGAAACUGAUAGAAAACUAGCUGGUAUACAACAUUGAUUUUGUACAUCA